GGUGUAUUGGCUAGUGUGAAAUGGAAAUGUUCCAUUGUGAAAUCUAGAGAAAUUUUUGUCAAAGUUUAAGAUUGAAAUGGAAGUAAUGAAUAUCGCCUUAAUAUGUUCAACGCAAGCUAUUAUUCGUUUUAAUUAUCAUUUAUCGGUGAAUAAAGGUCCGUAUUACACGUGCAACUGAUUAAUAGUUGAUUAGGAUUACGUAAAAGUACACAUAAGAGGGGUACACGUGAAGGUUUAGAGCAGAUUGUCGCAAUAUUAUUCCCAGCACUAUGGAAGAUUGGGAAAAUGAAUUUGUGCCUCGGGGUGGAAAGGAUGGUGUCGCAUCUAACCAAUGGGAAGGUGAGGAUGAGGACGAUGAUGUUAAAGACAACUGGGAAGACGAAGAAGAAGAAAAGAAGGCAGAAGACGGUGCAAUUAUUGCCACGGAAGUAAAACAAAAAUCUAGGAAAAAGUUACAGGAAAUUAUUGCCGAAAAGGAGCGUGCAAAAAAAGAAGAGUUGGAAAGGAGAGCACAAGAACAAGAGGAGGAGGAGGAGGAGGACGUGUCACCUGAGGAACAACUUCGUAGGGAGAAAGAAUCCGAUUUAAGCUUAGCGUUAGAAACAACUUUUGGGGGUAGCAAUAAGGGCGUCGAAGGCCAGCCCACCAACAAAGAAGAAUUUCUGGAAUUAGCCGAGAACCUUUCGAAAAACUUACAACAAUUUACGAAGAAUGAGGAGUACCCGGUUUUUGCUGAAAACUUAGUGAGAGGCAUUUGCGCUACCUUAAAUUCGUUCGAUCUAAAAAAAAUAAAAACCACUAUAGAUAACAUGUAUUUGGAGAAACAAAAAAUAGAAAAAGGAGAUAAAGCAAAGAAAAAUAAAGGAAAAGGUAAAGCCAAGUUAAAAAUGGAUGGUGAUAAUUUAAAUCAAUACUCUGCCUAUGUUGAUGACUACGAUUAUGAUGACUUCAUGUAGCAGGCCCAAGUUCAUUAUUGUUUAAAUUCACUGGGAGCUGUAAUUGUUACUAAAGAUUUUAAAAUACUUUAAAUGUUAAAAAUUCAAAUUUGUUACAAAUAUUUAUAUUUACACCUUCAUAUUUAUAUAAAAAAUAAGAAGCAGAUUUUAAAAUUAUCAAGCUACAGUAAUUAUUAUUGCUCCUUAUUAUUGUUAUUAAUUAAUAUCUAAGGAUUUUGAAAUAAAGUAACUAACCUUUAA